CCGAGCAGAGAUGGCCGUGGAGGUGGCGCGGGCGGUCCGGGUCUUGCUGAUUCUGGCUGUUGGGGCUCAAGCUAAAAUACUCUUCACCAAGGAGCCAUAUUCCCAGGAUGCUUUACACGGUCGCAGUGCCAUCUUGCGCUGUGAAGUGGAGCAACCGAGUGACAUAGAGUUUGAGUGGCUACAGAAUGGCGUUCCUGUUCAGGACACCGAACGUCGUUUCAAGGAAGGAAGCAGCCUACAGAUCACAUCAGUUGAUAGGCAGCAAGAUGGUGGAAACUUCCAGUGUGUGGCCCGCAAUGUAGUGACUGGAGAAGAAGCUCGCACAACGAAUGUGUCUUUCAAUAUAAAGUGGAUUGAAACAGGAGAAGUUGUUUUGAGGAGCCCAGCCACAAUAGAGGACAUACAGAGUUCUACCCCAGUGACGUUGCGCUGCCAUAUUGAUGGACAUCCACGCCCAACAAGUCAGUGGUUUCGGGAUGGCACCUUGAUUGUGAGUGAUCAUAACAACUAUUCAGUCAUCAGCAAGGAGCGAACACUGAUCCUUAGGAGUGCGGGUCCUGAUGACAACGGUGUCUAUUAUUGCUGUGCUCGUAAUACCGUCGGAUCUGUUUGCAGCAGCAACAACUUCACUCUCAGCAUCAUAGAUGAGAGCUUCCCUCGCCCAGUAAUUGUUCCUGAGAACCAGAUUGUCAAUAAAAAUGAGGAGGCCGUGUUCCAUUGCCAGUUCACAGCUGAGCCACCACCUACUCAGGAAUGGUUGUUUGAUGGGAAAAUAAUUUCCAAUAUGAGCAGGACUGUGGUCCUUUCCAAUGGCUCUUUGCUAAUACCUCAGGUGAAACUGCGUAAUGUUGGGGUCUACAAAUGUGUUGGCCGUGGGCAGAGAGGAAAGCCUGUCAUUUUGGAAGCAACUCUUCAGCUGGCAGAAAUUCACGAUAUGGUUUCACUCGAGCCAAAGACUUUCAUAGACAAUACAGAGCAGCGUGUGGUCUGUUACACACCUCGGGGAGUCCCUGAGCCCCAUAUUUGGUGGGAAAGGAAUGGCGUUCGCGUCCCCACUACUGGCAGGGUACGGCAAGAAGCAGAGGAACUCAUCUUCGAGGGCAUUGUUGAGAAGGAUGCGGGGAUAUACACUUGCCAUGCAGCAAACAAGGCUGGAGGAAAAAAACAAGAUCAGAUCAUCACAGUAGCCACCAAGCCAACGUGGGUGAUAAAGCCCAAGGAUGUUCAACUGGAAGAAGGCAAACCAGCCUAUCUUCACUGUCUCAGCAAAGCUUCAUUGAAGCCCAGUAUUACCUGGUAUCGCAAUGGCUUCCUGAUUUCAGAGGAUUCUCGCUUUGACAUUGCUGAGAAUGGGACACUGCGCAUUAACAACGUGGAUGUGUAUGAUGGGACAACGUACAAAUGUGUGAGCAGCACGCCAGCAGGGAGCAUUGAAGCACAAGUUCGUGUACAAGUUCUUGAGAACUUGAAGUUUACCCCUCCUCCUCAGCCCCAGCGAUGCGUUGAGUUUGAUAAAGAGGUCACAGUAUCCUGUUCAGCCACAGGCCUGGAACAGCCUACAAUCCGGUGGAUUAAAAGUGAUGGAAGCACCCUGCCAACACGGGUCAGUCACAAUGCUGGGAUCCUGCAUUUUCAGAAAGUGACAAGAAGCGAUGCUGGCAACUACACUUGCAUUGCCUCCAAUAACCCACAGGGAGAGAUCAGAGCGAUGGUUCAGCUCACAGUGGCAGUUUUCGUAAGUUUUAAAGUGAAGCCAGAUGAUACCACAGUAUAUCAGGGACACACAGCCAUGUUCCAGUGCCAAGCUGAGGGUGACCCAGUGCCACAAAUCCAAUGGAAAGGAAAGAACAGGAUUCUUGAGCCUGACAAAUUAUUACCCAGGAUCCAGAUUAUGCCCAAUGGCUCUCUGAUAAUAUACGAUGUCACCACAGAAGACUCUGGAAAGUACACCUGUAUUGCUGGCAACAGCUGCAACAUCAAGGAUCAUGACGCGUUUCUCUAUGUUGUAGACAAACCAAUUGCAGAGCGAGAUGACGCGGCCAACAACCACACUCCAUAUAAGAUGAUUCAGACCAUAGGACUCUCGGUUGGAGCUGCAGUGGCCUACAUCAUCAUUGUGCUGGGGCUCAUGUUCUACUGCAAGAAGAGGAGGAAGGCAAAGAGGUUGAAAAAGCAGCCAGAGGGCGAGGAGCCUGAGAUGGAGUGUCUAAAUGGGGGCACUUUGCUGCAAAAUGGGCAGACUACUGCUGAAAUCCAAGAAGAGGUGGCUUUGACGAAUCUUGGCAGCAGCUCAUCCGCCAACAAGAGGCACAGCGCCAGUGAUAAGAUGCAUUUCCCCCGCUCCAAUUUGCAGACAAUCACCACUUUAGGAAAGGGCGAGUUUGGAGAAGUCUUCCUGGCGAAGGCAAAAGGCAUUGAAGACAGUGAAACUGAGGUGCUUGUUCUAGUCAAGAGCCUUCAAACAAGGGAUGAACAGCUGCAGCUGGACUUCAGGCGAGAGUUUGAGAUGUUUGGCAAAUUGAAUCACAGCAAUGUGGUGCGACUGCUGGGCCUAUGCCGGGAAACAGAGCCCCAUUACAUGAUUCUGGAAUAUGUGGAUCUGGGAGACCUGAAACAGUUCUUGAGGAUUUCCAGGACUAAAGAUGAGAAACUUAAGCCCCAGCCCAUCAGCACCAAACAGAAGGUAUCCUUCAGCUGCCAAGUGGCCCUGGGAAUGGAGCAUCUCUCCAACAGCAGAUUUGUACAUAAAGACCUGGCAGCUCGGAACUGUCUGGUCAGUGCCCAAAGGCAGGUUAAGGUGUCAAGCCUGAGCCUCAGCAAGGAUGUUUACAACAGUGAAUACUAUCACUACCACCAGGCCUGGAUCCCGCUCCGCUGGAUGCCACCCGAAGCUGUCUUGGAGGAUGAAUUCUCCACCAAGUCUGACGUUUGGUCCUUCGGGGUCGUUAUGUGGGAAAUAUUCACCCUUGGGGAAAUGCCGUACUCCAAACUGGCAGAUGAGGAGGUGCUAGCAGGUUUACAGGCUGGGAAGAUGAAGCUUCCUCAUCCAGAGGGUUGCCCCUCCAAGGUCUACAAAGUAAUGCAGCGCUGUUGGGCCCCCAGCCCGAAGGACCGCCCGUCUUUCAGCGAGAUCGCCAACAUGCUUGGGGAAAGCCCGUCUGAGAGCAAAGCGUGAGCAGGGAAAGGUUGGCCCCUCUUGCAUGAGCUGGGAACGGCCCGAGAGUGGUUUUGGCGUUUGACUGUUACAGACUCUCCAGUGGGGACCCAAAGUCCACACCCAAACGGACUGUGGAUUUUUUACACUAAUGGACAAAACUUGUGGACGUUGUUCCUUUACCAGAGGCUUCUUGUCAGGCCCUGUUCCCUGCCCCUCACCAGGCUGCAUUUCCUCCAGGUUCUACCUCUGAUAUCCGUGAGGCUGGUUAACAUGCAAGCGCUGCAGGGAAUGCUGGAAAGGCACCACAGGCCCCUUUGGCAAUGAAGGCCUGUGGCAAGUUUUGGGACUCCUCUGUGUUGGCACCUCAGGCAUCUUCUUCUUCUUCCUGAACUCACAUAAAGCUGUCUUAUACCAAGUCGGACUAUUGGUCUGUCAAGGUCGGUGUUGUCUAGUACUCUGACUGGCAGUGGCUCUCCAAGGUCUUAAU